GGUAGACAUCGCAUCAGAGAUAAAAGCGUUAGUGACUUGGACUAUAUCAUAGAUUUCCUACUGUCCAUAUGUUGGAAAUGAGGUGGUGGUUUUAUUGUAGUAACUUGGAUUUAGCAGACGCAUCUAGGUUUCACCUCACUAACUGCGUCAUUGCCCCAAGCGCAAAGUACAGAAGAGACGAAGAGUGGUGCAACAAGAAUUUUGGCUAGAUCGACCCCGACCGUAUUCACUCCAGGCUGACGGUAUACGCAUGCCGCCACCGUCCAAGACGAACCGUUACCGUCCAAGACAGAUUUCGACGAGUGAUUAGUUUCGACUAGUGACGAAGCCGUCCCGGCAUUUUACUCUCGCGUUUCUUCUUGGAGCUGGCGAUGGUGUCACCGCCGCUAAUUCUUGGAGCUGGCAAUGGCGUAAUCUGUGUAAUUUGCUGUUGCGACGAUCGAACUGGUGAGUGAUUUCAAUGCUUUCCAUCUAUGCGCUUCCGAUGAUAGUGACUUACCUGUUGCGGGGUGUUGAAGGAGAAGCUUAUCUGCUCGAUCCCAGAAAAAAGUAGCAAAAAUUUAGCAAAAAAAGUAGCAAAAAAUACCUCCGGACCAGCCCAGGCGGUUUUCCAAUGAGCACAGGCUAUUCGGAAUAGCAAACAUAUUGAAGCUUAUACGAGAGAAUCGGAGCUCCGUCGAGGAUCUGAUGAAGAGUGUCUGCUUUGAGUCUGACGGUCGGGAACGAGAUCCUGUCAAUGGAGUGUACGGGACAUUACGAUAUCUUCAGCGAGAGACGGGAGGAAAACAGAACGGCUUGGUCCGAGAAGCUAAGGAUACUGUUGGUGGAGGAUGCUCCCAACAAAGGCCGUGCAUGUGGCCUGAGUAGGCCACAUGCACGGCCUACUCAGGUCGCCUCUACAGAGACAACGCCAGCGCUGCAAGACAACGAUGUUUAUCAUAUGCAGCAGCAGCAGCAACUGCAUAACAUACAGAUGCCCCAGCAGCAGAUGUCUUCUCUAGAGUAUUUUGUUAAUUUCAAUGCCGGUGGCGGAGGCUUUAAUCCGGUGCAAGCAACGGACGCGUCGAACUCUCAUCCACUUAUGCACCUCACAGAUAGAAGUGCAGAAGUUACUCUUCAUCGGGCCUCUUCUUCGUACACUGGAACAGCAGCGAGAGACUUUCUCUCCCUCACACACAACUCUUAACUCUCGCUAUCAUUGACUUUUGUUGUAAUUGCAGAUAAUACAGAAUCUACAGCUUUACAUCGUUAAUUUUUUCAUUUUCUUUUCUCCACAGCUAUAAAUCUAUCCAGACUCACAUGCAGUGUCUUCCCAGGAUUUUAUAUUAUAUGACAAACUAAUAAAAAACGUGGCUGAUUUAAUGGCCC